AUGGCCCGUUUUUGGGCACACUUCGUGGACAAUAAGCUCCUCAAGCCGUUCUGGUUGGCACACUGGACAGAGGGCAAGGCGCAGAAGGCUCUAGUGGAAGAGGCCAAGCAGAGCCUGGCGCUUCUGGAGGCGCAGCUCGACGGGAAGAGCGUGCUGGAGGAGGUGAAUGGAGUGACGGUGGUUGACGAAGAUGAGUACCCUGCUCUACGCCGGUGGUCCAAGGAGUACAAUUCCUGCGAAGCUCUGAAGCAGUGCGUCCCGGACAGAGACCGACUAGUCGUCUACUUCACUGAAAACAAGGAGAAGUACAAAACGCUGUCCAAUGCAAGGUUGCAGCAGUAA